AAUAACAGCAAUUUUUGCGAGUACUCUUUCCUUUAUGUCUCAUUCCUCACUCGAGACAGCCUGAGGUGAAGUUCACGGUGCCGCAUGCAACGAGAAAGCCGCAAAUACGUGAAUUUUUAUUGCCAGUACCACCAGCUGUACAUCCGUAAGAAAACACACUGGUAUUGUAUCCCAUUGUGACGAGUUAUGUGUCAGGAAUUUUCUGUCAUCGCGUCUGAAUUCCAUUGGUCCUUUGACGAGUGAAUAAUGACACCAGUGUCAACUUGUGCAAACAAAAGUUAACCAGAUAGAACGUCUGGGAUAUAGAGGCUGAAGAGUGACACCUCAGCAACAUUCGAGAUGGUGCCGUUCAGGAUGAAGGCCAUUCCGUUAUUCCUGACUUUUCUCACGUGGACAUACGCCCAGAAGCACCCGUAUUAUGUUGACGAUCGUGGAACUAUGGUUCAUCUUUUUGAGUGGAAGUUCCAGGAUAUCGCGAGAGAGUGCGAGGAGUUCCUGGGGCCCAUGGGUUUUGGAGGUGUCCAGGUUUCACCAAUCCACGAAAACCUAAUAAUCCCCGGAAGACCCUGGUACGAGCGCUACCAACCGAUCUCGAUGAAAAUCCAUUCGCGAUCCGGAAACGUAUCAGAAUUCCAGGACAUGGUGAGACGGUGUAACGCAGCUGACGUGAGGAUUUACGUAGACGUCGUUGUCAAUCACAUGACUGGAGAUGCGAAUCCAGCGAGAGGUGUUGAUGGAUCCACCGCUGAACCCUCCCUGAAGUCCUACCCCGCGGUGCCCUUCACUAGUGCAGACUUCCACAGAACCUGUGCCAUCAGUAAUUAUCAGAAUGCCACAGAAGUGAGGGACUGCGAACUCAGUGGACUCCAUGAUCUGGACCAGAGCAAAGAGCACGUCAGGGCUGCCAUCGUUGAGUACAUGGACAGAAUCACUGAUCUAGGAGUCGCCGGUUUCAGAAUCGACGCUGCCAAGCACAUGUGGCCCCAAGAUCUGAGGAUCAUCUACAGCAGGCUGAAGAACCUCAGCGUCUCCGCAGGAUUUCCUCGAAAUUCCCGACCCUUUAUUUACCAGGAGGUCAUCGACCUGGGGAAUGAGGGUGUGAAGAAGGCGGAGUACACCGAUUUUGGGAGAGUCAUCGAAUUUAAUUUCGGCAUUGUCCUCGGCAACAUGUUCAGGGGAUUGGAGCCGUUGAAGGAUUUGAAGAACUGGGGGAAUGGCUGGGGUCUCUUACCAUCAGGUGAUGCCCUUGUUAUGAUCGAUAAUCACGACAAUCAGAGGGGCCAUGGUGCGGGUGGAGCAACCAUUCUCACUUACAAAGAUGCUAGGAUCUACAAGAUGGCGACAGCUUUUGAAUUAGCUCACCCGUACGGUACCACUCGCAUUAUGAGUUCAUAUUCCUUCACGGACCCCAGUGUUGGGCCCCCAGCUGAUUCCGAUGGCACCAUAAUCUCGCCCAAAAUCACCAACAACGUCUGCACCAACGGCUGGAUCUGCGAGCACCGCUGGCAUCAAAUCUACCAAAUGGUAAUUUUUCGAAAUGUCGCCAAAAGGUCUCCUGUGGAAAAUUGGUGGGACAAUGGGAACAAUCAAAUUUCGUUCUCACGCGGUCGUCUUGGAUUUAUCGCCAUCAACGGUGAGACCGAGGAUCUACGUGGAAAUCUGACGACCGGACUCCCCGCGGGAAAAUAUUGCGACGUUAUCUCUGGAGAGGUUCGAGGCAACAAGUGCACCGGUAAAACCAUCGAGGUCACCGAAAACGGGAAAGCGUUUAUCGAAAUCCCCGCUAACGCUGAUGAUGGAGUUCUCGCUAUUCAUAUCGGUAGAACUUCAGCUUUGAAUUUUUGAUUGAUUAAAAUUGAUAAUAAUAUAUAAUAAAUGGCACUCGAUAGCUUCAACUAAUCAUCGAAAAUCCACCAGCACGAAAAUUGAAUGUCCAUUGAACUUCGGUUUUUAAUCGAAAAUUCAUUGAAAAAUAAAUUUUUUAUUGCAAUGAUUCACUGAGCAUUUAUGCAGGGGUGACAAUUACUAAUAGAUUCAAUAGAUUGGAAUGGCGCAUGUAACACUAGAAGAUGAAAAUAUAAUAUGAAUAAUUAUCCAA